GAACUUUUGCAGGGUGGGCGCGUGCAGCAGAAUGUGUUCACGCGCUGCUGAGCUGGCUUUCCAGAAGCAAACGUAGUGCCCGUUGACAGCACUUCAAGUUUCCUCGUGGAACACUGCGAAUCCGGGCCGGUUCGUGUCGUGAGGCACUCCCAGCCACUGGAAGCUCGUAUGCGACAUUCCCCGUCCCCGUCCCGCGGGCGCGAUCAACGUGCCGUGCGUAUGUUUGUGAAGGCCGUGGAGAAGUGGGGUGGUGUCAGCGCGAUGGCCAGACGCCAGCGCUACGUUGCCGCUAUCGGCAGCGUCAGAAGCCUCCCGAUGCAGAAUCAGCGGCAACACACUCAGAACAAUGCAACGCUCAGACGCGGCGAGUGCGACGAAGUCUGUGCUGACCAGAAGACCGAGGAAGGUUCUUGCGCGGGCCGCGGGCUGUGGCCGUCCAUGGCGGUGCAUCAUCUUUACGGGCCGCAGACUUGCACGGGUUUCCUCCGCGAGACGCUCUGGUCGUCCGGAUCAUUCGUCACUGAACGUGAACGGCCAUCCGUCUUCCAUCCUUUCUACUCUCCUUCGAAUGUCGACGACGGAGUGCCUGAGCCACAGUACAAGCACGUCCUCUGUGACUGCGACGUCGGCGUAAUCGAAGAGCCAGCGCAGUCAACUCAGUUGCUGCACUUCGACGUGGAACACAACGGGGACGAAGAAAACGGCACUGAAGAGCUACACGCUGGUACCGACGGCAAAGACGUCGCGACGCUGCGCACGACGAUGGCCGGCGGUAGCGGCGACGAGCAGCAGGACGUGGCGCUCAACGAGCGUUACCGGGCAAAUUCAGUGCCGGAAGCCAGCUACGGUCCGGUGUCGACGACCUAUAUGGCACAAUAAUGUCCGUCGCGCUGAUGCACUGCGUACGUGUAGACAUCGGUGCAUGGCGCUGUGCGGGUUGUCAAUUUCCCAAAACACUGCACUGCGGCCAUCGACCCGUCGGCUGUCUGCACCUGCUCCCCGUGCUACCUUGUGCUGCGAGAAAGUGCAAUGGCUGACUCGGGUACCGGUAGCCGUCUGGCUGGGAUCUCCAAUCGCGAGGCCUCGUUGAAGGCUCUCCGCCACGCGAUAUUGUUUGGCGAUCACGUCAAGAACCGAGUCAAAAGCGGAAAGUUUUGAAGACCUCCGAGACUACAUGUUCUUGAACGUGUACCACUUGAUCACGAUGUGUGGCGAAGAAGGAUUCAACGAGUGUUUCCACAUUGUCACUUGGGCAAGAGGGAGAACAGCACGAGGUGCUAGUUUGGCUGGUCGGUGGCGUGCUUCAGCUGCCACCGUCAAGUGGCGUACAGGUAUUCCGGGACACGGGCUGACGUGUGACCCGGCAGUCAGUGGCGCCAAAUGUUUGGAGAUUUCUGACCACGCCAUCUUUUAGGCUCGCCACCAAUCACGAUCCACGGCGAUUCUUUUUCGUCACGAUUAGCCAGAAAAGGCCAAGCGGCAACACAAGGGGCGCCGCUGUCCUGUUACAGGCGGUAGGGAAACAGUAUAGUUUGACAGCCCUGGAACGCCAGUGCACGUUUGACAUUUUGUGCGAUAUUUAGUUGAAAUUUCCUGUUUGCGUGUAAUGUCUAUGCUAUUACGACUUCGUUAGUUGCGUUAAUAAUAUUUCGCGUAUAAUUUCUAGUUAUAUUUAAGCUACAGAUAUGCAUGUUUUACGUAUUCUUUUUUUUCCUUCGUGUGAAUAAAAUGCAUCAAUAACGCAUA